ACGAUGCGAAUUUCAUGAAUGGAGCUUCUGGUGACUGUGGUAUCGUGGACAAUACUGUCUAUACAGCACCUACUGGGUCUAUGAGCUUUAGAUUUAAGACUGACUACGUUACCCAAACUGGCCAGUUCGACAUCCUUGUGACGGCAUUCUCUUCAAGUCCAUGUUCAAGCCGCCGAUUCCAAUGUGACAACGACCACUGUGUCAGCAACGACCUAAAAUGUAACGGCUUCGACGACUGCGGAGACAACUCGGACGAGAACAGUGGCUGCGACAGCAUAUUGGGUACAGGCGCCAUCGCGGGCAUAGCUGUAGGAGCGAUAGUUUUUAUUGUGAUCGUGGUGGUCCUUUCUAUCGUCGGCAGGGUGUACAGGAGAAGACACUGCGUUACAGACACUCACUGUCACGCCAGCCCUCCACCCUGUGCUCACCCACCAACGUGUGCUCCAGCAAGCUACCCUUCUACCUUGUCGUACGGAUAUUGAUACUCACAGCAGUGGACACUGAGUAUCAAGUUUACUUCGGCCAUUAGGCUAAGGCUCGAAUUUCUUGUAUUCUUGCUCAGAGUUUAGCCUUCAAUUUUAGCUACGUGUGUGAUAGUUUUUAACAUUUAUAUUAUAGUUUUGAUUUCUGAACUGUAACUAAACUGAAGUAACUGAAGUAACUGAGGUCUUCCCCUGCUGAGGGGACAAGAAGUGGACCGGAAACUUUGUACCAAUACAGAAGAUGUUAGCCAUAAGUUUUCCAUUUAAUUACAAUUGUGUAAUAAAAAGGUAAUUAUCCAAAUAAUUACCAUGGUAUUUCUUUGCUUAAUAUAUGGGUAAAAUCUUCACAUCUAUCCUUGAAUCCUGAAUAAGGAUAUGGCUACGGGUACAUAAAGUAUUACAUGAAUGUCAAGCAGGUUUUAGACAUGACUAUUCUACAAUUAAUAAUGUAUUUGUCCUUCAAUCUUUGUGUCAAAAGUAUUUGAGAAAAAAACACAGGAUCCAUUCAGCUUUCGUAAGGCAUUCGACUUUGUUGCCAGAAAUAAGCUAUGUAAGGUGUACAUGGGAAAAUGUUUAGAAUUCUAAAAGUUAUGUAUGACAAGGUCUCAGCUUGUGUUAGUUUCGUACGUUCGGAAACUGAAAUAUUUACAACAUCAUGUGGAGUACGCCUGGGAUGUAUGUUGAGUACUGUUUUAUUUUUAUUUUUAUGAAUGAGCUUGUAGAUGAAAUGAAGAAAUGUGGAUUGAGGGGUGUUUUUGUCAGGGAUGGACUAAACGAUAUCAUACUGCUAUUAUUUGCAGAUGACGUAACACUGAAAUGACGGCACUGUAAUAGGCCUACAAAGAAAACUUGAUAUGUUAAAAGGUUUAUUGUAACAAAUGUGACCUAGAAGUUAACCUGGAGAGGUCAUGUAUUGUUGUUUUCAAAAAUGGCGGAUACCUAAGAAAUACAGAAAAAUGGACUUGUGAUGGUAAACAUAUGAAAGUAGUAUCCCACUAUAAAUGUCUAGGUAUUGUCUUCACAUCCAGAUUAAUUUGGUCAAAAGCGUGUGAAACAUUAGUACUACAAGUCAGAAAGGCUUCGUUUUCUAUUAUUACCUUAUGAAGGGAUUAUCCAAACAUUUCUCUAAAGGUAGCAUCUACAAUAGUUGACAGUAAAAUAGCUUCCAUAUUGAAAUUUGAGGUUACACUUCUCGUGCAAAUGUUUUUACUUUAAACGAUAUUUAUGUGUUAAUAAAAAAAUAUCAACCAAUGCUGUACUAGGCGAAGUAGGUAGAACCUACUUAUGUGUUAAUUAUUUUAGUCGUUGUAUAAAGGAUUGGUGCAGGCUGUUGUAUAUGGAUAGUUAUCGAUACCCAGAAGCAUGUUGUGGCAUGUUGAAAUCAGAGGAUGAAAACGGCAGCAACAACUGGGUAACGCAUGUUCAUUCGCUGCUAUUAGAAACUGGAUUUACGUUUGUUUGGAUCGCACAGGAGUAUGGCAGCAUAUCAAAUUGUAUACAGUGUUUAAAGCAAAGAUGUAAAGACAUAGAAAUUCAGAAUUGGCAUGCUACAAUUAUUUAUUUCUUCAUCAUUUCUAAACCAUUUUUUUACACAUAAGUCUGUACUCGAACCAGAGAAAUAUAUUAUGGAGAAAGAUCUUAUCCGCAAAUUAUUCCGAUGUUUGAGCCAUAAGUUGGGUAUUCAACACUUUCGUUACAAUGACAAAGUCAAUACUGAUUUACUUAAGUGCAAGUAAUGUAAUCAUAAUAUAAUUGAAGAUGAAUACCAUUUCCUUUUAGUUUGUCCAUUUCAUAUGGAAAACAGAAAGUUCUACAUACCAUGCUACUAUUACAAGUAUCCAUCACGAGCAAAAUUUAAUCAACUGGUAGCAAGACAAAAUGUUAAGCUAACAAAACAUAUUGCUAUAUAUUUGAAAAGAAAUCUGCCUGUAUAAUGUAUCAUAAACAUUGUUUUGUAAAGUUGUCCCACCAGUCCAUGUGCAAAAGCUUAUCUCAUGCAUUGUACUCUUGGUCAUGCGGCCUUUGAUACCGAAUAAACUUCCUCUUCUUCUU